GCGCUUCGGCUUGUAUGAACAGCACGUUCAUGUGUGUUUUUAGUGUGCUCUGCGACGGCAAGUUGCAGCAUCACUCUGCGUCGAAGGCGACGUGUCCAGAUCUGACCUGCUGUUGCACUAACCUGAGCCAUUAUCUCUGUUAUUCCAACCUUUUUUCAUUGAGACAUUAAAGAGACGUGCUCUGGUGUUAUGUUCGUGAUCAUACAGCUGAUAUGUGCCCGCGUGCGUUCCUUGUCAAAGCUGCAUGGCAAAUUGAGUCUGUGUGUUAAAUCCGUUAUUGGCCUUUACCAGCACUCUGCUGCCAUGGCAACAGUAAUUAAACCGAUAGGGUGAAAUGUCAGCAUCUCGUUGCCGAACAGCUGGGGCUGAAAACGCAGGCUAUUCUCCGCUCUAUCCCUCCAUCAUCCUCCAUCCGCUCUGGGCUCAGAUGAUGAUAGCCUACAUGUGGCCGAGGACGCGCAGCGGCAGCAGUCUUCAAGUCCACAAUGAGAGAGUGGAAGGGGAGGAUACGAGCCAGCGCGCAAACAAAACCGAUAUCAUUAGGGCUCCGAGAGCAGCUGUGAUUUCCUUUCCUUUAUGGAAAAUGAAGCUUUUGUUCAGGCACUUCCCCUCAGCAAUCGGAAGAGCGAAGUGGUCAAAUUCCUGUCAUGCUUCUCCCCUUCUCCCCCGAGUUGAUUGCACAGUAAAAAAAAAAAAAAAAAAAAAAAAAGGGGAGGGGGGGUUGAAACUCUUCCUUCUCUUUUGGUUUGGUAAUGAGUAGCGGGGACUUUGUAGUGUUAACGAGGCUGGACGGAUCAGUGCCGCUGAACAGGCGCAGCGGAGAGCAGCCGGCCGAGCAGCCGCGCGCCCCGCUCUCUAAAUCCAGCCAAUUAACAAAUCAACAGCCCCAAUGCACUGGAACAAAUGAGCUGAGCUGCUCACACUGCAACCUGUUUGAUAGCCUGUCUUUACAAAUGAUUUCUCACAAAAAAAAAGUAUCUAGUUUGUGUGGCAGUCUUAUUUUAAAUUUGUGUUAAAUACAUGAAUAUUGUACUUGCACCACCUGCUGCUUAAAGAUCGAGGAGCACAAUGAAAACAAGUAUACAAAUGCUCUCCGUCCAGCCGGACACCAAGCCAAAAGGCUGUGCCGGCUGCAACCGGAAGAUCAAGGACCGCUACCUGCUGAAGGCCCUCGAUAAGUACUGGCACGAGGACUGCCUCAAGUGUGCCUGCUGUGACUGCAGGCUGGGCGAGGUGGGCUCCACGCUCUACACCAAAGCCAACCUCAUCCUGUGCCGGAGAGACUACCUACGGUUGUUUGGUGUAACGGGGAACUGUGCAGCCUGCAGCAAGCUAAUUCCAGCCUUCGAGAUGGUCAUGAGGGCCAAGGAGAACGUCUACCACCUGGACUGCUUCGCAUGCCAGCUCUGCAAUCAGAGGUUUUGUGUGGGAGACAAGUUUUUCCUGAAGAACAACAUGAUCCUGUGCCAGACAGACUACGAGGAAGGGCUGAUGAAGGAGGGCUACGCUCCCCAGGUCCGCUGACCCUCGUAGACCAACAAGAAGGAAGAGGAGAAGGAGGAAGAGGAGUGGGAGAAAGAGAGAGACUGAAGGAGAGCUUGCAAUCACACAACAAAAAGCACUAUUGCCUCCUGUCCAGCUCCUGUCCCCCACAUGUACAUAACUAAGCAAGCUUCCCUGAGAGGGGAGGGGACACACUCUGCUGUACAGAAUAGCCAUAGAGACGCCAAUGUGGCAGGGAAAGGCCCUGGAAGCCUACAACAAACUACAAGUAUGAAAAAAAUAGUUUGGCCAUUUCUUUGUUUGUGACGGAUGCUGCCUCCUUUCUUCCUGGCCAACAAACACCGGCCUCAGAGCAACCAACAGCUGAUCCCGGUUGUUGGAAAGCAAAAAAAAAAAAAUGUUUUAACCCACCCAAAAGCAGUCUUGUGUCAUCUUAUCUGACAGACAACUUCUACUUGAAUCUAAAAUACACUGAGG